AUGCCGCUUUCGUGGUGCUGUCGCCGUUCCCCGUGUGUCUACGCAGGUAGACGGGGAAAAGCACCCGAAAUGCGACUGUUUGGCGACGAGAGUGGGGAGCGUAGUGUAGCGCAUCCAAUUAAAUGCACAUACGCCUUGCGCUGCGGCGCGAGGUGCGUAAACGCAGUCCCGACUCGCGGCCACCUCCGUUCUAUUUUCUAUAAAGCACAACUCCCUCAGCUUACGGGAACUGUACCGCCGUAGUCGCACUUUCUUUUCGUCUUGAUCCGCUGGUUGCAGCGCACGUGGCCACUCGCGGCGUGGAAAGGUGUCGUCGCGCGUCUCCUGCGCAGCAGCCAGACAACGGAUGAUGUGCAUGCUUCAUUGUCUUUUUCUGUUGGUGGUGGUGGUGGGUUUCGUUCCCCUCAGGGCGUAUGCCUUUGUCGUGCAUGUGUUGAGCGUAUCCGCCUUUCUUUCGUUUUUUCCUCUACUCUUUUCUUGAUUUCCAUGUGCAAACCCCUCCUUGCGGCGCAAGUCGCGUCGAGUAUC